AUGGCCUCCGACCCCACCUACCUCGCCAUCCCUGGCUCAGUUGCCUUCUCUCGCUCCCGUGGACGUGCAAUUGCUGCUAGCAUUGGGGCCCAGGAUGUUCGUGCCCAAUGGGUUCACUUCGUCCACCUCUCGCAGCCGUUGGAAGCCCCCCAGCAGGAAGCUCUGGAGCAGCUUCUCCACUACGGUGAUAUCACCGACAUCCCGCCCUCGUUCACAGCUGAGGAUGGUGCAUUCGAUGUCUUCCAUGUCUUCCCUCGCACUGGCACGAUCUCCCCCUGGAGCUCCCAGGCGACCGGCAUUGCCCACGUCUGUGGCCUGCGCAAGUAUAUCAAGCGCAUUGAGCGGGGUAUGAAGAUCUCCUGCCUCCAUGCCGGCACCAGCGAGUACAAGUCAGGGUUCCAGGACACCUUGCACGACCGGAUGACCCAGAUCCUCAGCGAGAACGAGCCCGACUUGCACCUGAUGUUUUCCGAACACGCCCCCCAGCCCCUCGAGACAAUUGCCCUCCACGGCAGUGACAAGUCCCCCAAGGAAGUUCUGCAGGAGGCAAACAAGCGGUUGGGAUUGGCUCUCGAGGAGUCGGAGAUCGACUACUUGGCUGAGGCCUACGGUCCCAAUGGACCUAUUGCGCGUGAUCCCACUGAUGUUGAGCUCUUCAUGUUUGCCCAGGUCAACUCCGAACACUGCCGUCACAAGCAAUUCAACGCUUCAUGGGUUAUCGAUGGAAAGCAGAUGCCCAACAGUCUCUUUGCCAUGAUCCGGAACACCCACAAGAAGAACCCCGAGUACACUGUUAGCGCCUACAGCGACAAUGCUGCUGUUCUCGAAGGAGAUCACUCUGCUUUCUGGGCCCCCAACUCCGCCACUGGAGAAUGGAACCACACCAAGGAGCUCGUCCACUUCUUGGCCAAGGUUGAAACUCACAACCACCCCACCGCUGUUUCACCCUACCCGGGUGCUGCAACUGGGUCUGGUGGUGAGAUCCGUGACGAAGGCGCUGUUGGACGGGGUUCGAAGCCCAAGGCCGGUCUCUCUGGCUACUGUGUCUCCGAUCUCCUCAUCCCGGGUCUGAACCAACCUUGGGAGCUGGAUGUCGGCAAGCCCAACCACAUCGCAACCAGCUUGGACAUAAUGCUGGAGGCACCCCUCGGCAGUGCUGCUUACAACAACGAGUUCGGACGGCCGUGCAUUUCUGGUUACUUCCGUACUCUGUUGACUGAGAUCGAUAUUGGCAACGGACAGACUGAGCUCCGAGGUUACCACAAGCCCAUCAUGAUUGCCGGUGGUGUCGGUACUGUCAGACCCCAACACGCCAUCAAGAAGCCCGAGGUCGUGAAGCCCGGUGCCUUCCUUGUUGUGCUGGGUGGGCCCGCCAUGCUCAUCGGUCUGGGUGGUGGUGCUGCCUCCAGUAUCACCUCUGGUGAGGGGUCUGCUGACUUGGACUUUGCUAGUGUGCAGAGAGGAAACGCUGAAGUCCAGCGCAGAGCUCAGGAAGUGAUCAACGCCUGUACUGCUAUGGGCGACAACAACCCCAUCAAGUUCAUCCACGAUGUGGGAGCUGGUGGUCUUUCUAACGCCCUUCCCGAACUGAUCCACGACUCUGGUCUCGGUGCCACUUUUGAACUUCGUGAAGUUGACAGCACGGACAAGAGCAUGAGCCCUAUGCAGAUUUGGUGCUGCGAGGCGCAGGAGAGAUACGUCUUGGCCGUUGGCGAGGAAAGCAUGAACAAGUUCACUGCCAUUGCCAACCGUGAACGUUGCGGUUUCUCCGUUGUCGGCCGUGGCGGUGGCACGUCUGAGGAGGAAAAGAGACUCAUUCUCUUGGACAGAGAGUCCGCUGAGUACCCCAAGCCUAUUGACCUCCCUCUGUCCGUUCUGUUCGGCAAGCCCCCCAAGAUGACCAGGGUUGUGGACUCCCGCAAACUGAAGCUGCCUGCUGUGGAUGCCAGUCUUACCACCUAUCUGCCUUCCCAGUCGGCAAACCCUCUUGAGCUUAUCAGCGAAGCCGCGACCAGAGUUCUGUCUCUUCCCGCUGUCGGUUCCAAGUCUUUCCUCAUCACGAUCGGCGACAGAACCGUUGGUGGUUUGACCGCCCGUGACCAGAUGGUCGGAAGAUGGCAAACUCCCGUCUCCGAUGUUGCCGUCACUGCCACAGCGUUGGUCCAGGGUGUCGCGACCGGUGAGGCCAUGGCUAUGGGUGAGAAGCCUAGUCUGGCUCUGAUAUCCCCCGGUGCGUCGGCGCGCAUGGCAGUUGCUGAGUCGCUCAUGAACAUUGCCGCCGCGGACCUGGUUGAGCGCCUGAGCCGCGUCAAGCUUUCCGCCAACUGGAUGUCGGCCAGCAGCCAUCCCGGAGAGGGUGCUGCCAUCUACGAGGCUGUGGAGGCUAUCGGCAUGGACCUUUGCCCUAAGCUUGGCAUCAGCAUUCCCGUCGGAAAGGACUCUAUGUCCAUGAAGAUGAAGUGGAAGGACGAGGCUUCUCAGGAGGCGAAGGAGGUUACUGCUCCCAUGUCUCUUGUCAUCACCGCUUUUGCACCUGUCGGAAACUUCCGCAAGACUUGGACUCCCGCCCUUCGCCGUCCUGAGGAGGUUGGUGAGACUGUUCUCAUGUUUGUCGACCUCUCGUUCGGCCGGAAGACUCUGGGUGGAUCCGCUCUUGCUCAGGUCUUCAAGCAGGUCGGUGAUGAGUGUCCUGAUGUGCGUGAUGUCGAGAUCUUCAAGGACUUCUUCGACGCUACGCAAUCUCUGCAAGAUGCUGGCAUCGUUCUGGCCUACCAUGACCGCUCCGAUGGUGGUCUGUUCACCACCCUUGCGGAGAUGAUGUUUGCCGGACGUUGCGGUGUUGAGAUUAUGCUCGACAACAUCUGCUCCACCUCCAGCACCAAGGACGUUAUCGAGACUCUAUUCACCGAAGAGCUCGGUGCCGUCUUCCAGGUCCGCAAGGAGCACGAGAUUCAGUUCCGUUCUUGCUUCGCCACCUGCGGUCCCCCGGCUGGCCUUAUCCACAAGAUCGGACGUGUUUCCGAGAAGGCCAAGCAGAACCUCACCAUCUACCACAAGCACACCUUGCUCCACCGCAAGAGCCGUGCUGAGCUCCAGCAAACCUGGGCCACCACUUCGUACCACAUGCAGAAGAUGCGUGAUAAUGCUACUUGCGCUGACCAGGAGUUUGCUGGCAUCCUUGACAACACCGACCCCGGUCUGUCAUGGAACCUUUCCUUCGACCCCAAGGACAGAGCCAUGCCUCUCAUGACCAGCUUGACCCAGCUGUCUCCAUUCAGCAACAAGCCUCGUGUUGCUAUUCUGCGUGAACAGGGUGUCAACAGUCAGGCCGAGAUGGCAUUCGCUUUCAACACGGCUGGCUUCUCCGCUGUUGACGUUCACAUGACCGAUAUCAUCUCUGGCCGUGUCUCCCUCUCCAGCUUUGUCGGUCUUGCUGCCUGUGGUGGUUUCUCCUACGGUGACGUCCUCGGUGCCGGUCAGGGAUGGGCUAAGUCCGUCCUUCUGCACGAGAACACUCGCAGCGAAUUCCAGUCCUUCUUCCAGCGUCCCGACACCUUUGCCCUCGGUGUCUGCAACGGUUGUCAGUUCCUUUCCCGCCUUAAGGACCUGAUCCCCGGCGCCCAGAACUGGCCCAGCUUCGAGCGCAACACUAGCGAACAGUACGAAGGCCGUGUCUGCAUGGUCCGUAUCACCGAGUCCAACCCGUCUCGUCCGAGCGUCUUCCUCCACGGCAUGGACGGCUCCUCCCUCCCCAUUGCCGUCGCUCACGGAGAGGGCCGCGCCUCAUUCGCCCCGUCUUCCGGCACCGACGCCCAAUCCUUCGUCAGCGAAGGCCUGGCCCCCGUCCAAUACGUCGACACCACCACCCUCAAGCCUACCACCAAGUACCCUGCCAACCCCAACGGCAGUCCCGAGGGUAUUGCCGGUGUGCGCAGCGCCGACGGCCGUGUCCUGGCCAUCAUGCCUCACCCCGAACGUACCGUUCUGGGCGGCAUUGCCAGCUACCUGCCCACCAAGGCCGCCGAGGAGUGGGGUGAGAUUGGCCCCUGGGGUCGUGUCUUCUUCAGCGCCAGAAGAUGGGUUGGCUAAAAGUUGGAUGACACAACUUCUGUCUGUCUGUCAUCGUUAUCUUGCAAAUAUGUGGUUUGGUCCACAGUUCUAAUUGGAGUUGAGAAAAUAGCUCGACGCACGUGUCGGGACAUUGUGCACAUCAUUGUUUUCUUUUUUUUAUCAUGAUAUAAAUACAUCUUUUUUUAUGCCUUCUAUAGCUUUAUUUCCUUUUGCCUUUAUGCUUUAUGAUGACAUGUGUUGAAUUGAAUUAUCAGAUUCACUCUUGCAAAUACUACUCUGCACAGAUUAGG